AACGAAAUAAAUGAGAGAGAAAAUGGUUUCAAAAUUAUACAUAGUACUUGAACGUACGAUUCAUAAUUUUCACGUAUAAAUAGAUUAAUGGAACUGCUUUAAUGUCGAUAUUUUCUAGUAUAUUUUAUUUCGAAUUAGUUGUUAUGGAAACAAAAAGUCACACCCUACACUUUGAAGCAAAAGUUUUGUCAAUUUAUUAAAGGUUUAUCUUGCGACAAUUUUAAAAGAAAUGUCUCCUCCAGGGGAAGAUGUGCUAGAAGGCGGUGUGGAAUCGUUAGAAGUAGUUAGUAUCAUUGGUUUUGACGGAAGUAUCGUACAAGGUGUUAAGGUUCAUCCGGAUGGAAAACAUAUAAUUUAUCCUGUUGGAAAUAAAGUUGUUAUAAUUGAUCUGGACACUAAGAAACAACACUCAUUGUCAGGCCACACCAACAUCAUUUCUGCAAUAAACUUAUCUCCAUCAGGGAAAUACAUAGCGUCUGGUCAAAUUAACCACAUAGGUUUUAAGGCGAAAAUAAUAAUUUGGGAUUUCGCAAAACGCGAAAUAAAAUCUUCUUACGAACUUCACAAGGUACGAGUGGAAGCUUUGGCAUUUUCUAAAGGCGACCAUUAUCUAAUAUCGAUUGGUGGUCGUGAUUGUGGUUUCGUGGUCGUUUGGGACAUAGCCGCAGGUCAACCAUUAUGCGGAACGACGGCAACCAAAGGCAUGCAGGGCGAAGCGUAUACCGUAUGUACCACGAAUAGUAGGGUCCCCUGUUUCAUUUCCGGGGGUGACAACAACUUAACGGUUUGGAGUAUAGAUCGUGAGGCCAGAAGCAUGUCUGGUGUAGAUGUUAAUAUGUCCAAGUUGAAAAGACAAGUACUCUGCAUAGACAUUCACGAAAGGGAUGAAGUGUGCUAUUGUGGUACGAGCACUGGCGAUGUGCUCAAGAUAAGGCUUAAUUUCCACCACGAUGUCGACAUUUUGGUGCCAGUGAAAACGCCGAUACUUAAGGGAUGCUUUACCAAAAUUGCCAAAAAGACGCUGCCCCGUGGGCAAGUAGAAUUGUAUGGACAAGGAGUUCGAUCGAUUAUUUUACUUCUAAGUGGAAAACUGCUGAUUGGUGCGGGCGACGGCUCGGUGGAUCUGGUGGAAGAAAAACAGAAGGACUGUAAGGAGAAGGAAGUCUCGGUCGCCUUCAAGUUGCCUUCGUCCCCUGUUUUACGUAUUCUCAAGUCGACCAACGUGAAUGGUACGGUAACGUCUCUGAAUUUUAGUAGAGGAAUGUUACUGGCGGGCACUGCAAAAAGCGAAAUCUACAUAAUAAACAUGGAUUCAUUUGAAGCAGAACUAAUCUUCACUUGUCACACUUCCGUCAUUUACGACAUUUGCUUCCCAGAAAAUUUUUCGGACGUGUUCGCAACAGCCAGCAAAGACGACGUCCGCGUCUGGAGUACGUCGACUUUCAACGAACUUUUACGUAUAGAAGUGGCAAAUUUCAGCGCUUCCGCCGUUGUCUUUUCCCACGAUGGAAAGUCCAUUGUCACGGCAUGGAACGACGGGGUCAUAAGAUCUUUCACCCCAUUAACCGGUAAACUCAUCUACGCUAUAAUGAACUCCCAUAAUAAGGGCGCGUCUGCCUUGGACAUCACCCACAGCGAUAAAUUUCUGGUCAGCGGUGGUUGCGAAGGACAGGUUCGUCUGUGGGAAGUCACUCCUUACAGACAAAAGCUGGUUUGUGUUUUGAAAGAACACAAGGCCCCGAUCUCAGCCAUUCACAUCAAUUCCAACGAUGACGAGGCCGCAAGUGCGAGCACCGACGGGUCCUGCAUCAUAUGGGACUUGAUAAGGAAAUGUAGAAAGCAGAUUCUUUUCUCCAACACCCUUUUUAUGUGUGUCAGAUUCUACCCCACAGACGUACAGUUACUCACGGGGGGUUCGGACAGGAAAGUAGCUUAUUGGGAGGUGUAUGAUGGCAAUCUGAUACGGGAAGUGGAAGGAUCGGCUUCGGGAUCGGUAAAUACCUUGGACAUAUCGGAAGACGGGAAUCUGUUCGUCACAGGAGCUAACGAUCAAAUCGUGAAAUUGUGGAAAUAUCAAGAAGGUAUAACCACUCACAUCGGAGUGGGACAUGCUGCAGUUGUGACGGCGAUCCGAUUUAGUCCCGAUACGAAAUUGAUAGUGUCGGGGAGCGGAGCGGGGAGCAUUUUCGUUUGGAAGAAUCCGUUUUAUGUCGAGAAAAAAGAAGAAGAAACAAAAAAAGCCGAAGCUGUCGAAGAAGAGAAACACAAAUCGGACGAGAAAGUGGCUGACCACCAAGAGGACAUCAAAGACAUCGAGUCGGUCAGAAGUGCCGAAUCGGCAGCUUCUUGUAAGUGUAAGUGUGCCACACAACCAUGUCUCAACAUUUCUGACCUCGUUCAGGAUGAAAAUUGCGACUAGUAGGUAAAUCACCACUACAUUUUUUCCUUUUCGGCACAUACAUUUAUUUAUAUAAGUAUAUAUUUUACAAUAUUAUUCACUGUGUAAUGAACAAAACCAUAAUAAAAUUUAAAAUGAA